AAUCACUGAUGCGAAAUAAGAGGGCAGAAUAUGCAGCUGACGUUGUACCUUUCUUCUCCACUCAAAACGAAAAUGUCCUCUGAAAAUAUCUCUUAUCACUUCCCCCAACCCCUCGCUGUCCAAAAUCAUAUUUUCAGCCAUUUCCCUUGACCCAAAUGGAAAAGCCAUGAACACCACCUCUAGCCCAUUUCCAUCAACUCACAAUCUUACUCUCUGUUGGGUUUCACUGCCACCUUCCUCAACCACCCUUUUCGCUUCUGCCACCACCAACUCUAAGCCUCCUUUGUUUCGGGUUCAAACCACCACCAACCCCUCCAACACCUCUCUUACCACAACCACCAGCAAGAAAAAAUUUUCCAAUUCCCAAGAGCAAAUACUCCUCACACUUCUUCAACAAAGGAAAACUGAGGAGGCCUGGCUAGUGUACACACAAUAUGCAGACCUCCCUGGUCCCACAUGCCUUAGCCGUUUGCUCUCACAAUUAUCCUAUCAAAAUACCAACGAAGGACUCACCAGGGCCCAGUCCAUCAUCCAACGCCUCCGCCAGGAGCGGCAGCUCCACCGCCUGGAUGCUAAUUCCCUCGGCCUCCUCGCGGUGGCUGCCGCCAAAGGCGGGCACACCCUCUACGCCACCUCCAUUAUCAAGUCCAUGCUUAAGUCCGGGUAUCUACCCCAUGUUAAGUCAUGGAGUGCUGUAAUAAGCCGCCUUGCUGGUUCUGGGGAUGAUGGUCCCGUUGAAGCCAUAAAACUAUUCAAUUCGGUGACAAGAAGGGUCCGCAGAUUUGCUGAUUCGGAGAUGGUUAAGCACUCGAAGCCAGACACAGGUGCUUAUAAUGCUGUGCUCAAUGCUUGUGCCAAUCUUGGCGACACCAAGAAAUUUCUUCAACUGUUUGACGAAAUGCCCGAUUUUGGAUGUGAACCAGAUUCUUUGACAUAUAAUGUCAUGAUCAAGCUUUGUGCUAGAGUCGAAAGGAAAGAUUUGCUCGUGUUUGUCUUGGAGAGGAUAAUAGAAAAGGAGAUACCUUUAUGUAUGACAACAUUUUUGAUACCUGAUGAAGGACUAUUGGAUACACUAGCUGAUAUUUGUGUAAGGGCAGCUUUCUUUAGGAAAGCUUUGGAAAUUGUUGCUUGCAUGGAAGAGCAUGGUAUACAUCCGAAUAAGACCAAGUACAAGAGAAUCUAUGUGGAAAUGCAUUCGAGGAUGUUUACAAGCAAGCAUGCCUCGAGAGCUAGACAGGACAGAAGAAGGGAAAGGAAAAGAGCAGCAGAGGCUUUCAAGUUUUGGUUGGGAUUGCCUAAUUCUUAUUAUGGAAGUGAGUGGAGGCUUGACCCGGCAUAUGAAGAACAUGAUACUGAGUCUGCUUGAACCAAAUCUACAAUACAAACUUUUUAUUGAAUAGUCGAAUAUUUUCAAGGAGAAAACUUUAUUGUAUCAUACUACUUAUAAAGGUUGAAUUGCUCAGCAACAUCUAUUAUUGGAUAUCCUCAGUCUAUCAUACAUCUAUUUUUUUUCAAAA